AUGGAAACCAAAGUAACAUCAUUAUCCUUAAAACCUAUACUUAUUGUUUUCUUGACCUUAAUCUUGGUCAUAAACCCACAAAUCGUCGAAGCUAAUGGUCCGAACAAUAUUAACUUAGUGAGCCUUGGUGCGAAAGGUGACGGUAUAACGGAUUCAUCAAGGGCAUUCACGUCUGCAUGGAAUAAUGCAUGUGGGCUGAGAAACCCUACCAUAAUAUUUGUCCCUCAAGGAAGGUACAUGGUUAACUCACCCUUAAUAUUUAGUGGGAAGAAUUGUAACAACAAAGCUAUAAAAUUUGUCAUUAGAGGUACCUUAGUGGCCCCAACCGACUUUCGAGUGCUUGGAAAUUCCGGUACAUGGUUUUCCUUUGAAGAUGUUACCGGAGUUUCUAUCUCCGGUGGAGUCUUUGAUGGACAAGGUGCUGGUUUGUGGGCUUGUAAGAGGGCUGGAAAGAGUUGUCCCCCGGGAGCUACAACAAUUAGGUUUUCUAAUUCGAGGAACAUUAUAAUCAAUGGAUUAACGUCACUGAACAGCCAAUUGUAUCAUAUUGUUUUUGACGGUUGUACGAAUGUAAAAGUACAAGGAGUAAAAGUGUCUGCUUCAGCUGCAAGUCCUAACACCGAUGGCAUCCAUGUUCAAUUAUCAACCGGAGUGACGAUCAUGAACACUAAAAUAGCUACAGGAGAUGAUUGUGUAUCAAUUGGUGCUGGCACUACUAACUUAUGGAUUGAAAAUAUGGCUUGCGGACCUGGUCAUGGCAUUAGCAUUGGAAGUUUAGGGAAGGAGCUAAACGAGGCAGGGGUAGUGAAUGUGACAGUCAAGAGUUGUAGUUUUACUGGCACUGAGAAUGGAGUCAGGAUUAAAUCUUGGGGAAGACCGAGCAACGGAUUUGUGAGAAAUGUUCUGUUUCAACACCUAACAAUGGUGAAUGCUCAAAAUCCUAUCAUCAUCGACCAAAACUAUUGUCCAGAUGAGAGGGGUUGCCCUGGAAAGGUUUCUGGAGUAAGAAUCAGUGAUGUGACAUAUCAGGAUAUUCAUGGAUCAUCAGCCACACCGAUUGCUAUGAAAUUUGAUUGCAGUUCAGAAUACCAUUGUACGAAUAUCAACUUAGAUGGUGUAGAUCUCACCUUUAGAAAUCAAGAGGCGGGAUCAUCUUGUAUUAACACUAUGGGACGGAUCUUUGGUUCAAUUGAGCCUAAAGGCUGCUUCUAG